AUAAUCUACAUUAUGGGUCUUUUACCAAUCAUGAUUAUCAAACGAUUAAUCAUUAUUUUAUUUAAAACAAUAAUAACAAUAAUAAUGUUAAUCUAUCAAUUAGAAUUUUGUCAUUCGAAUAGCCUGAAUUCAACGAUUAGUAAUCAACAGCAUAAACAUCAUCAUCAUCAUAACCAUCAUCAACAACAACAACAACAAAAUCAAGAUAUAAUACCAUAUUUUACAAAACCAAUUGAAAAUUCAACAACAGUAUUAGGUCGUAAUGCAUUAUUGGAAUGUUCGGUUGAAAAUUUAGGUCCAUAUAAAGUUGCAUGGCUAAAAAUGGAUUCAUCCAAUUCUGAACCAACUGUAUUAACAAUUGGUUUGGAUACAUUGUUUGGUGAAAGAAAAUAUCGUGUUACACAGAAUAGUGAUCGUCAAUGGUUCCUACAUAUAAAACAUGUACGUAUUUCUGAUCGUGGUAAUUAUAUGUGUCAGGUGAAUGCCAAAAAUAUGAUAUCACAGGUUGGACAUUUAGAUGUACAAGUGCCACCAAUAUUGAAUGAAGAACGUACAAGUUCCGAUACAACCGUUGAUGAACAUCAAAAAGCUGUUUUAAAAUGUUCAGCAAAAGGUUAUCCAAAACCAAAAAUAAGUUGGCGCCGUGAAGAUGGCCAACCAAUUAAUCUUGGAUUAUUUGGUGGUCAAAAAUAUUCAGUUCAAACAUUCGAAGGUAGUCAAUUAAAUCUAACACAAGUAACAAGAGAUGAUAUGGGUGCCUAUUUAUGUAUUGCUUCGAAUGGUGUACAGCCUAGUAUUAGUCGACGUGUUUUACUUCAUGUCAAUUUUCGACCAAAAAUUCGUGUUCAAAAUCAACUAAUUAGUUCCCGUGUGGGAUCUAGAAUACAAUUAGUUUGUAUGUGUGAAGCAUAUCCACGGCCAAUUGCAAUAUGGAUAACACCAACCGAUAUACCAAUUAUUGCUAAUCCAUCGACACAACAAUCAGCAACAACAACAAUAAUAUCUAUUGGUAAUCGAUCUUUAUUAUCAAAUCUAACUGAAACAAUUAAAAAUAUAAAUAAUAAAAAAUAUGAAGCAAAUGAAGAAUAUCAUGGUUUUCGUACGACAAUGAGAUUAAUAAUCAAUUAUUUAACUAUUGAAGAUUUUGGUACAUUUAAAUGUUUAGCUAAAAAUAGUUUAGGUGAAAAAGAAGGCCUUAUUCGUGUUUAUGAAAAAACAGAAAUUCAAUCACCAACACAACACGAACAAAAUCUUCUUAUAAACCGAUAUAAAAAUAGUGCAAAUCAUGGACGUAAACAUUCAUCAAAUCAUACUGAUGAUGCUGAUGACGAUGAUGAUGAUGAUGAUUUUGGAUAUGAUAAUGAAAAUCUAUUGUACGAUAAACCAAAUCAAUCGCUGACUAGUGCCGAUAAUAAUCAUAUUAUUAAUGGGAAAUUGAUAUUCGUAAAUUUUCUAUUAUCAACGAUUUUAUUAUUACGAUAAUCGAUGAGAUAAUCAACUCAAUUCAAAUCAACUCAACUCAAAACAUCUAACGAUUAUUGACCAAAACAAACAGGAGCUUCAAAAAUUUUAACUUUUUUUUUUUGUUGUGAUAAAACACAAAACAC